AUGCCACCAAAAAGAGUGAAAAGCGGGACAGUGUCUGCUGCUGGUGCAACGGCAGUUGGAAACAAAGGUUGGGAAACUGGACUCACUAAUGCACCAUUUGAGGAGGAGACUUGGAAGGCCAGCAUUUCUCUGGUGGUGGGAGAGAGGCUGGAGGAUGAGGAGCUGACCGGUGCUCUGCUGCUGGCCGUACAGCAACCCCUACGCAGGCUCUUCAGCGUGGUCACCUGGGACACCACCCUAGAAAAGAUCCAUGAACUGGGAAACCCAAAAGUCAAGAAGACCAAGGAUGUACCCAUGUUUUAUGAGGUGAUGGAGGCAGCCAAGGUCCUGCUGGAUGCAGGAGAGGAGCUGCCCUGUGACCUGCUGGGUAAACUGCUCAAGUUCCAGCUCCUGGGAGUCAAGGCCAACGACCAGCAGAGGAGAGCCACAGAGAUGAGGGCUGCUGAGGAGAAGGGUAAGGGCAAGGCUGGCAAUGCCUCCCCAACCAAAGACAAAGGUGGUGCCAAGCCUGCCGCCAAAGGUGACAAGGGGAAGAAAGGGGCAGAGCCCAGCGCCCCAACCAAGGACACCAAGCUGAAAAAGAGGGGCGAGGAGGAUGAGACCAACAAGUAUAUAGAUGAUGAGCCAGACGAUGGUCCUCAGCACUACAUCCUGGUGGUGGGCUUCCAGCAGGCUCAGCUGGUCUCUGUGCUGGACUCCCUGGGGGUCCAUGUGUCCAACGUUAUCAAGCUGACCUCACAGAGACCAGACCGGCCAGAGGGAUCACUGGAAGGGAGUGAUGACAAACCCUUGGAUGGGGACGCGGAGACUAACAUUAGGAGAAGACAACGGGAGCAGUUCUGGGGUCAGUUGGAAGGGGUGCUAAACAGUGGCUCAGCAUUCUCCAAGCUGUUUGAUGUGGCCCGCCUCAGUCACACCGCUAAAGAGAUCCUGCCACCACAAGACAAGGAUAGCCCCGAGGCUAUGCUUGGGUUUGGGACACGUCUGUUUGAAGACGUGGCUUGUCUGAUCUAUGACUGUCUGGACUGGAGGAGACAGCAUCAACACUACCUGAACAACAUGAGACUGGUCCAGGUGCCAUCUGUCCCCAGGGCUGUGGCACGCACCACCCAGGACAGCCCUGCAGAGACGGUUCAGACCACAACGCCUCUGACACCUGGGUCCAAGAAGAGACAAGCCCAAGAGGAAACCACUCCAGCAGACCCUGAACCGGCUACUCUGAGUACUGAUGUGGACAUGCGUUACUAUAACGACCUGCUGGACCAGAUUCCUCCUGAAGCCUCCUCUGUUCCCCUCAUACUACACUGCAUGCUGGAGCAGGUGGUGGCCACAGAGCAGGACAUCCCUCCCCUGUCUGCAGCAGACUCAGAGAAGGGAGUGUACAGCCUAGAGAAGAGCCUGGCAGACUACAUGCUGUCUGCUGUCUUGUCUCUGCCUCGCUCAGACCAGGAGAAGAAGACGUUGAGGGAGACGUUUGGUGCUGUGGAGAACACCCAGCAGAAGACUGAACACCAGAGACCUCUACUGAUCAACUGUCAUGACGAGAGAUCCCUGAGACUGCACCACCUGCCUGUCCAUAACAGCUUUGAUGCGGUGAAGACAGAGACGGAGAUGAUGAGAAACACUCCGGUGUGGAAUCUUCUCCGCUCCGUCCGCCCCCUGAGUGGAAAUAGAACCAGACUGGCCCGCAUCCAGGAGCUCACACACUACUGCACCGACGAGUCUCUGAGCUGGCCGGAGGUGGAGAGAGUGGUCAGACAGUUUGUGUUUGAGAGCAUGCCCCUGACCCAGCUGGAGGAGGGAGGCCUACUGACCUCUGCUGGUUCCCCUCAACCUACCUGCCUGCCCUGGGACGACCCGGUCUGCUUCGCCAAGAACUACCUCAGACACAUCAACAAGACACAAGGUACAGACGAGAGUUUGUCUGAUGUAGUAGAUGUUGAGAUGCAGAGAAUCCGGAUGCGAUCGCUCAGUGACUGGCACUAUACUGAGCACCACAACGCCAAUGUCUUUCCCCAGAUUCUCCACUCUGCCUCUCAGUCCUACCGCUGCAUGGACACCUACUGUGGUAGUCUAGACAACACCCUGUUCAUCGUCUGUCACAAUCCCAUGAGCCCUCAACGACAGUGCAAGGAAUUAUGGGACAUGGCCCUCCACACCAACGUUGGGUUCAGGAAGUACCUUCACCAUGUGGCCAACUCUAUAUCUGACUGGACCGAGGAGGAGGAGGUGAAGUGGCGAGCUCUGCAGGCCAAGAGAGAGGCAGAGAACCUGAGAGGGCCCACCCCGUCUGACUCCUCAGAGAAAGGCAGGGCAGAGUCGGCGAAGGGCACCAAGAAGGGCACUGUCUCAACAAAACACACUGCAACCUCCCCAGCCAAGUCUCCCAUCCCAGAGGAAGGUCCUCCAGACCAGUACAUCAGAGAAGACUCGCUCAAAGCGUGGAAGAUAGAGCAGGACAGACAGAAGGAGGAGGAACAGGUGAAGAAAGCUAAGAAAGAUAAAGGAGGGAAGGGGGCGGAGCGCGCCGACUCGUCCAAGGAGAACAAGAAAACAACCCCCUCGACCGCGAAGAAGAGCAGGGAGGACGUGACCCCUGACCUGGCUGUGGGGACCCCUGGAGAACAGAGAGCAAAGCUGCAGUCGCCCACCGACGUCUUCACUGGAUUCACUGGUUACAGCAUGGAGGGGCAGCUGAUCCAGGUCUCAGGCCAGGUCCACUCCCUAUACCCCUCUGACGGAGGCCACAUCCAGGUGGAGACCAUCCACUUUGUCCAGGGGUCAACGCUCAUCAAGGUGUGUGUGAUGAAGGACAAUCAUCAUUUGUACAGCCACAUCACCCAGCCAAACAGACACCAGGAGGAGAGCCCAAAGGACGCGGUCCCCAUGGAGACACAGAGUCCCACCAAUAAGAGUGUUUGGCUGGGCUCCUUCUCAGCUGUGCUGGACAGCGGCAUCCACCUCUCCUACAGUCACUACGGCCCCACAGGGGAGCAGGGUGAGAUGGAGGCUGGUCAGGGCUCUGAUCUAGACAUGCCCACAGACUCCAGUCUCUCCCCCGUCCCCUCGACCCUCCUCUCCUCCUCAUUGUCCCGGGAGAAACUCAACUCCGCCCACAUCGCCAAGGGGCUGCAGCCGUCCAAAGAGACCAACAAGUCUUCAACACACAGAGAGGAAGAGGAGCAGACCAGAGAGAGUGUGGGUCAGGCUGCGUUAUCUGGCAGCGCUCCGUUCCAGAGACUCAACCUCUCCACCCCCAGUGGUCUGCUGCUGCAGUUCCUCAGGGAUGAUACAGACGGCAGUACUCCAGAGGGUCAGUGUGUGUUGGUGAGACAGACUUUCCCCCUACACUGCAGUGACAGUAGGGAGCCUCACCUCACAGACCCAUCGUUACACAGUGAGUUGUCUAGGGUCAUCACUGGUCAGGGCACCGUGGUCAAGUACAUGAGAGACGGAUCAACACAGGUGCUGUUUGCAGACGGUUCAGUCAGUAGCAGUACAGACUCAGGACCCAUCGUCUCCUCUCCUCCUGAACCCCCUGCGAAGGAGGAGGAGGUAGUGAAGGAGACUCCGAUACCAGAGAGAAAAGACAGCAAGGACAAGAAGGGUAAACUGGGUUCCAAGCAGAGCCUGGGGGCUGACCAGAGUCAGAGUGACCCAGAGCCCAGGGAGGAGCAGAGGUCAUCAGACAACACCCAGGGCAGACAGGGGGUCUGUUGGGUCACCACCAGCCCCUCCGGACACAGAGUGGCCACCAUGGGGGACCAGACCACAGACCCUGGCCCGGUUCUGGCCUUCAGAGCCACAGACCCCGUCAGCCAAACUGUUGUUAUCACCCGGGAGGACAAGGUGAUGUCUGUGCUGGACAGAGACGGGACGGUGAUCGUCGACCAUGCAGACGGAACCAGGAUCACUACCCUGUACCAGGAGAGAGAGGCUCUCAGUGGGUGGUCCCAGGAACACAUUAACACAGGGGAGAGGUCCAGCAGUGUGUGUCAUAAGGAGAAGGUGGUGAUGGUGGAGCGGCUGGGGUUUGCCACGGUAACCAUGUUCGGCGAGGGCAGGUCCUGCAGCGUGUUCUUUGGAGACGGGAGCGUCGUCACCGCCACCUGCGACGGAGCGUACCAAGUGUACCCGUCCAGUGUAGGUCUGCUGUUCAUCAACCAGGACGGUAGUUGUGUGUACACGUCAGACCCUGAACACAGCCCAACCCUGAGUCUGGCCAGCUGGAGUCCCAGAGAGCAGCCAGGCAGCUACAGGAUGAACCACACCUCCGCCUCAGACACACUGUGUGAGGUCACAGACCACCACGGGAACCUCUUCCAGGUGAUGAAGGAUGGCCAGGCAUCAGUGGAGAUCUCUAGCCCUCUGGACAGCAGAGAGGAGGAGGAGGAGGAGGAGGAGGAGGGAGGGCUGCCAGAAGAGAGAGAGCUGGCCAAGCAUCCUAUUGGACGUAAAGUCCACAUUCCCAGGUUGUUCAUGGCCCAUGAGGACGGUUCAGGCACAGAGCUGCUGUACUCUCAGACAGUAGAGGAACGUUUGUAUGAGGACUACUCUGACCCUGCUGUCGCCCUGCUUAAAGAACCCCUCCCAGACCUACAGGGUGUGCUGGGUAUAGCGGUGCUGAGACCCUCUCGUCAGGACGUGUGGUCCAGAUGGGUUAUCCAGGCACAGAACAAGGACAUCAUCCCCACCAACCUCAAGUCCCGUCACUGGGACAACUUCCCCUCAGUGGAGAGGAAGACGUCAGGUCCUCUGUUUGGGACCACUCUGGGCCGGGGUCUGACCCUGAGAGAGAAGCCUGUUUCUGAGGCCUGCAGGCCCGUGCUGAGCUGUCCGGAUACCCUGGAGGUCCGACAGCUGCUCCAGUACCAGCCAGUCAGCAGACAGCUCCGCAGGACUCUGGAGACUCGCCUCAAGGAGUACAUGGAGCAGGUUGUCCAGAGAGAGAACCUGACAGAGAAGAUGCAGCUGAAUGACCCUCGUACUGAGGAGGAGAAGAUCCACGCUGCUGACCUGCUCAAACUGGUCCUGUCACUUCCAGAGUCAGAGCACCCCACUAUAGAGAACAGAAUCUGCCCCGUGGAUGCAGCCACCCUGUACAUCCAGGCAGUGAAGACUCCAGCCCUGCAGACUGAGGCCUCGCUCUCGGAGAAACACACAGAAAGCUUCAGCAAAGAGGCGAAGGAAACUAUGUGGAAGACCAGGAUAGAGCAACACAGACAGGAGCUGGACCAGGAGAAGAUGUACAGAGAGGCUCUAAGGAACAGCAUCAUUCCUCCUUAUUUCCACUCAGAGAAAGGAGCAGGUUCCGAGUACUCGGAGGUCCCUGAUAUGAGAUCUCUGUCUCAGGACCUUCCUCCAUUUCCCAACACUCCCAACUCCCAGAACUACCUCAGAGAUGCCCCUCGGGAGACAGCCCAGCGACCUUUGAACCCCACGCCCUCUCACGCAGCAGGAAGUGCUGCGCUGCCUAGGAGACCCACCAAUCCCACCCCUCAAACUGCAGGGGACAGCUCUCAUGGUGUCUCUACAGUGAAGCAGCAGCAUGGUGGUGGUAUUGGGCCUGGCAGUACCCAGGUGGACGUGGCAGGGAACCCACGCAGACACAGAGUCAAGCUGCCAGCCUCCAUCCUCAGCUCCAAACCCUUCAGCGUGCCCAACCAGCAGUUCCUGUGUGUAGAGGAGCCGGUGAGGAGGAAGGUGAAGACUGUGUCUGUGACGGGGGGGCAGCAGCUCGCCCCACGGGGGUUUGAGCUCCUCCCAGCAGAGGUCCAGUUUGGGACCCUAAAGGAGGGCUGCAGCUACAGCGUCCACGUGCUCAUGAAGAACGUGGGCUUCCACACCUGCAGGUUCAGUGUGAAACAGCCGCCCCCUGGUACUGGAAUCAGAGUCAUCUACACCCCUGGACCUGUGGCUGCUGGGAUGAAGACUGAGCUUCAGGUGGAGCUGCAUGCCAUGACUAUAGGUCUGGAGGAGUCUGCAGAGAGAGAGGUCUACAUCUCACACCACAUCCACAUCAAGACUGAGCCUGAGAUCUUCUACCUGCCCGUCUUCGCUACCAUCCUCCCCGAGCGUCUGUAUGACACCAGGACCAAGGAUCAUACCAACGGGCUCCAGACAGGGGUAUCCAAGGUCCGCCUCAUCUCCUCCACCCCCUCAGUCAGACGUGGAGUGGUCCUCCCUCGCAGAUCUCUUCUCUCCACCACCGGUUAG